AGUCAGCAACUGUGGCUCGUGUUGGCUGAACCAUCUUGUAGGGCCAUCCUCUUUUUCUUGCCGUAGGACUCCUAAACCAACACAAACAAAAUGGCGGAUGAUGAAGCGAAGAAGGCCAAACAGGCCGAGAUCGACCGCAAGCGUGCUGAGGUGCGCAAGCGCAUGGAGGAAGCCUCCAAAGCCAAGAAGGCUAAGAAGGGUUUCAUGACACCUGAAAGAAAGAAGAAGCUUAGGUUGUUGCUGCGUAAAAAAGCUGCUGAAGAAUUAAAGAAGGAACAGGAACGCAAAGCGGCCGAAAGGAGGCGUAUCAUCGAGGAGAGGUGCGGUAAACCCAAAAACAUUGAUGACGCAAACGAAGAAAUGCUCAAGAGAAUAAUACAGGAGUAUUAUGACCGCAUGUAUUUGUGUGAGGGCCAGAAGUGGGAUUUGGAACAUGAAGUCAGGAAAAGAGAUUUUGAGAUCGCCGACCUCAACUCUCAAGUCAACGACCUCAGAGGCAAAUUCGUCAAACCUACACUAAAGAAGGUGUCUAAAUACGAGAACAAAUUCGCCAAGCUCCAGAAGAAGGCAGCCGAAUUCAACUUCCGUAACCAGUUGAAGGUUGUCAAAAAGAAGGAGUUCACCCUUGAAGAAGAAGACAAAGAGAAAAAGCCAGAUUGGUCCAAGGGCAAGCCAGGAGAUCAGAAGGAAGGAGAAUCAACGCCUGCCACGCCUGCACCAGCUCCGGCAGCACCUCCAGCAGAAGCUGCUGCGUAACUUUAAAUUCAAGGUCCAGAGUAACCCCUUAAGCACGGCAAUUAAGAUUAUAUCGGCUCUUGGUUCACGAAAUACGCCUGUGAUAAAGACCGUGCGUGGGGUUGAUGUAAAUAGUACGAGUAUGUUCAUGGUGCAACAAAACAAAACGAUACGAUUUCAAAGAGGUGGCUUCUUUCAUAUCAUUCGUUAAAAAAGUCAUUUCAUCAACAUGAUUUCAGAAUCGUUUGUUAUUUUCAUAAAGAAAUAAAUUAUUGUUUAUUACUUUAUAAAUUUUAUAUUAUG